AUGGAUCGUGAGGUCCUGGAGCGUAUACUUGAUGGAAGAGAGAAGCCGACAAAUCUAUCACUCGCACUUUUGAAGGAUAUCACAGAAAAUUUCUCGGAUGAUCGAGAAAUCGGUCACGGUGGAUUUGCAACUGUUUAUAAGGGAGUGCUUCGUAAUGGGAACAUUGCUGUAAAGAGGAUAAGGAACAGUCAUUCAAUCAAUGAGACUUUAUUUUAUCGAGAAGUUGACAGCCUGUUGAACAUUAAACAUAAAAAUGUUGUACGCUUUCUUGGCUUCUGUGCUAGCACAGAUCAGAUAGCCAUACAAAUUGCAGGAUCAAAACGACAUAUUUAUGCUGAGGUAAGAGAAAGACUACUCUGUUUUGAGUAUAUCAGCAAUGGAAGUCUACAAAAGUAUGUUACUGAUGAAUUAAGAGGACUGGAAUGGAAUACACGCUAUGGAAUAAUUAGAGGAAUCUGUGAAGGUUUGCAUCAUCUGCACACGGAGAAGCACAUAUAUCAUAUGGAUUUGAAACCUGGCAAUAUACUACUAGAUAAUGAUAUGGUGCCGAAAAUCACAGAUUUCGGUUUAUCAAGACUUGAUGAAAAGUCAAAAACCAUGAGUGAAGACCGUCUCGGAUCACUAGGAUAUUGUGCUCCAGAGUACAUAUCUGAAGGAAAUAUGUCAUUCAAAUCAGACAUGUACAGUUUGGGCAAAAUAAUCAUCGAGCUAGUGACGGGAGGAAAGGAGAUCCUCAAUAAUAGCAACACUGUACUUAGGAGAUGGAGACACAGAUGGAAAAAAUCUGGAAAGGAAACACCAUUGGUCUACCAACAAGUAGCAAAAUGCAUCGAAAUUGGGUUACUCUGCCAAGAACGUGAACCAUCCAAGCGGCCCUUUAUAUGGGAUAUAAUAAAUGAUAUCAGCCACAUGGAAGUUGUAAAUGAGGAAAUCAACAAUGCCAACGAAUAUACAUUUGGGGAGAUAAGCUCUUGCCUAGAGGAGGAUGAUAUGCUUGGAAUUGAGCCACUCAAACUACAUUUUCCUUUUGCCCUUAACAAACAGAUGUCCUGCGAGAUUCAGCUAACCAAUGAGACGGACUCUUACAUUGCCUUCAAUGUCCAAAAUAUGAGCCCCAAGUCAUACAACACACAACCGCAGAAAGACAUUAUGCCACCACGUUCCAAGUGUAACAUUGAAAUAACACUGCAGGCGCAAGGCAAUGUGCCGAUAGAUAUGCAGCGUGCCAAUGAGUUUGUUGUGUGGAGCACCAAAGUGAAUGAUGGUUUUGCAUUUGAGGAUAUUACUAAAAGCAUGUUCAUCAAAGAGACAGUGAAUGUGGUUGAUGAGGUGAAUUUAGAUGUGGUUUUUGAUGUAAGUGAGCCACAAGAAGCAAGUGACAAAAUCAGUGAGCAGACAAUGCCACCUUUAAUACAGAUCAUAGAUGAUACAGCUGGGAAAAUCUAUUGCAUAGAUGCACAUCAGAAAGAGCGGUUGAUUAUAGUGGGUACCUCACUUGGGAAUGUUAAGACAUGGAACUAUGACACACAGAAAGUGGCCGGUUUGACUAAGGUCUCAGCAGAACCUGUUACGGAUGUGAAGUUCAUUGCACGAAAGGGGUGGUUUGUUGCAGUGUCAUCUGACUGUGUCGUCCAUAUGUACAACUACGAAAAGGAAAUGCAAAAAGUCACGAGUUUCAGAGCUCUGGGUCGUGCAGAUGUUUGGUGUACAUUAGCCGUUCAUCCAACCCAGCCGUAUGUGCUGUCAGGAUGUGCUACCGAAAUAAAGCUUUGGGACCGUAAUUGCAUACAGACAUUUGAAGAGCACUCGGCUGCUAUUAUGGCCCUAAAAUUUAACCCGGAGGACACCAACAGUUUUGCAAGUGCUUCGCAUGAUGCUACAAUAAAGGUUUGGAGUCUUGAUUCUCACAAAUCCAAGUAUACUCUGUUUGGGCAUAGGCAUGUAGUGAACUUCCUGGAUUUCUUCACGCGUGAUGGUCAGCAGUAUUUGAUUAGUGGCUCUUGGGAUGCGACUGCCAAGAUAUGGGACAUGGACAAGAAGGAGUGCGUUCAUACACUUGAACAUGAGUCUGCAGUUUUUCAGGUCGUUUCCCAUCCCAAUCUCCCAGUUCUAAUUACAGGUACAAAGGAUGGUGAUGUUCACGCGUGGAGCUCAAAUGAUUUCAGGCUCAAGAGAAUACAUAACUUUCAUGACAGUGGAUGGGUUGUGGGUCUCGCAUGUUUGGUGGGAUCAGGAAGGCUUGUAGUUGCACACAAAACUGGAGUGUCGUUGAUGGAAAUUCGUGAUGAAGAGGAACAAGGUGGUAGCACAGGCAGCAAUGAGAAUUCCUUAUUAGCGACAAAUUUGGAAAUCCAAAGCUAG